AUGUCCUCCGUCACCAUCGCCAACCUCCCCCGCAUAACCCGCGACGAACUGGCCCAGCGUCUCCGCACCCCCUCCCCCUCCUCUAUCGCCAUAAUCGACGUCCGCGACUCCGACCACGUCGGCGGCCACAUCCGCAGCUCCAUGCACGUCCCCUCUUCAUCUCUCGACUUCAAGAUCCCCGAGCUCAUCCGUACGCUCGAGGAUAAAGAGACCGUGGUGUUCCACUGCGCGUUGAGUCAGCAGCGGGGGCCGAGCGCUGCGUUGAGGUAUAUUCGGGAGAGGGAUCGGAUUCUGAGGGUUGAGAGGAAGAGUUGGGGGCAGAAGGUUGUGGUGCUUGAUGGGGGGUUUGUGAAGUGGCAGGAGAAGUACGGCGAGGAUAAGAAUUUGACGGAGGCGUAUCAGAAGGAUCUAUGGGAGUAUGGGUAUUGA